AUGAACAUCCCUGACUGUACCUUUGUAAGUGAGUUAAAUAACCUGGGUUUCCUUUAUGUUUUAGGAUUUAAGUGCCCCGUAUGCUCAAAAUUUGUACCCUCAGAUGAAAUGGAUUUGCAUCUGGUGAUGUGUUUAACAAAGCCAAGAAUAACCUAUAAUGAGGAUGUGCUGAGUAAAGAUGCUGGGGAAUGUGCAAUAUGCCUCGAAGAGCUGCAGCAGGGAGACACCAUAGCGCGACUGCCUUGCCUGUGUGUAUAUCAUAAAGGCUGCAUAGAUGAAUGGUUUGAAGUAAAUAGAUCUUGUCCAGAGCACCCUUCAGAUUAAGCAUCAGAUUCCUGUGUUAUGGGUUUCUUGUCUUUUCAAGAUGCUUAAGAAGUCUAGAAGAUUGGAAGAUCUGUCUCUGGAAAACAGAAAUGAAAACUGCAGGCUUGCUCAGCCAGGAUCUGAGUUCUGUGACACUCAGUAGUCCAGAGAUGGUCAGGAACCACAGAACUCACCAAACUUGCAUAUAAGGGACACACAGGGAUUUUUGAAAAUGCUGCACAUCCUGUACUAGUCACUGCGUAGAUAAUACUGGUAAACAUUUUGUAUUCAGACGCCAAAGUUAACUAAUUUCAAAGUUGAUUUACUUUUUAUUAAGUUCUGUAGAGCUGCUGUUUUAUUGUAUUUGUUUUGUUUGUUUGUUUUUAGUUUGGGGACUUUUUUUAUUUUCCCCAACAUAAUGUCUCUGCAUUCACCUAUUCUUAACUUGAAAACCACCCAAUUUAGUUCUUACAAACUCUUCAAUGUGAAACCAAGAAAUGUAAUCAAAGCAGUUAUAAUAUUCUGUGAAUGGAGAGAGUAUAAUCUCAAGUUCUUCCAUUUUUUCCCCCCAUGUGUGAAAAGUAGGUUUCUGGGUAGAAGAGCUAAAAUAUGUUAGUAGUUUGAAUUAAAGGUUUAAUAUAAAAAAAUGCCAUCCAAAGAGUAAAUCAAGUUACAUAAUUACAUUUUAGUUAAUUAAAUGUAGAACUGUCUACUGAAUUGCAGUUUCUGAAAUACAUUGUUUCUUCUGAAAUAAAACUGCGCAAUAGCUUGUUAGCAGUGACCAUCCUGCAGCUAUGCAACUUUGAAAAGUCCAGAUUUGCAGGUCUUCGUGCUGGGGCCGCAGUGACUGUCCUAACAGGGAUCUUUCCUUCUUUUCAUGUAACUACUUCAUUGUGCUUUGCAUUUCCAGGCAGUUUUCCCAUGUUUGGUUAAAUGUUUAGCAAGCUGUAAACUUAAUACCUUAUGAAAAGGGUGAAAUAAACACGUCUGCAGUGGGACUUGUAGUAAUUUGAGGGACAUUUUAUAUACUUUUAAAAAUCAGAAUUUAAUUGGGAUGCCAGAUUUCUAGCAACUUGCAUCUUUAGUUUUCCAGAUAGUCUGGAAGUUAGCAUUUGAUAAAUGAUUUUUAAGCAAAUAUAAAGAUUUUGUUAAUUUAUAAUUUAUUAAUGUGUUGUUACUGUAAUUGAAAAUGUUGUGGAUACUUUUAAAUUCAGUCUUUGUAGAAAGAACUGUAUUAAGCAAAAUUAUGUGAAUAAAUAUUCCCCCAAAUGCAUCUGAUGGUUAAGAAUACUGGAAGAGAGCUAUCAGGGCUACAGCA